UCCCACCGCCAGCUAGCUUCAUUUACUACAAGUCAUUCUAAUUUAGCCAGAGGGUUACUGUUGGAAUAGGGACCGUCUUGUAGCUGGAAGUUGAGUAACGAAUACGUUGCCGGGUAGCAUAUAUAGUUGUUUUACUACGAUAUAUUUACUAACUACUAAGAACACCACAUGCAAUGGAAAGUCACAAUACCAGUGCUAAGGUUCUCCUUAACCAUGCUACGACUUUGAAUCUGCACACUGGGAAUUUAGUAAACCGAAGCCGACUCAAGAAAAAAUGUCCGUCUUCACCUAGUGAAGAGAUUCAAGACUGUGUUCGAGCCACACUUAGUGAGUGGUUUGCCACAAUACCACCACCAACUUCACCAACGGAGCUACCAGACAUAAUUGACUGCUCCAUCCCUCAAGCUACAGAAGCCAUCACACCUGAGGAGAGAGAGGAGCUUAAGGUUUCAGUCAAACUAUUUAUUUGCGAAGCAGACCUUUCUUCAAUCAAAGAGGCUGUAGAUAAGGCUUGCCAGGCCCUAGCUGUGUCCCAGCUUGAUUCAGUGAUAAUUGCACCCACUGUUCUACCUGAGGGGGAGAGCCAGACGCUGGAGAACUUGCAGCCUGCCUGGAGGGAGCUGGAGGGACUGGUGCAGAGCCACAAGAUUGCCACCAUCGGCACUUCUGACCUGGAUAAGGAGCUCCUGGAACAGCUUUACACUUGGGCCGAGGUGAAACCCAGUAGUAACCAGGUGAAUUUGGCCUCUUGCUGUGUGAUGCCCCCUGACCUGACUGCGUUUGCAAAGGAGUUUGACAUUCAGCUAUUGACCCAUAAUGACCCAAAAGAACUGAUUACUGCUGCCAGUUUCCAGGAAGCAGUGCAGGAGAGCACUCAGGACCUGAAGGUAGCAGACUGGAGGCUACAGUGGGUUUUGCGCUACUCCGUCAUUGUCAAAAGCAGGGGAAUCAUCAAAGCAAAAGGCUACCUUGUUCACUCAAAGAGAAGCAACCUGUAGCAUUUUAUAAGUGGGUAUUUAAAAUAUUCAGAUAAUAUUCAGAUAAUGACAUAAUAGAAGUCCAACCACUUACCCUCUUGCAUCGCAGUUGGUAGACAAAGUUAUUGGUUGCAAAACUUUCAUCAAACAUGGUAACAAAAUCCAAAUCCUAAUGUGAAGUGCCUCUUUUUGUUUAUUUUUCUCCCUGCACUUUCUUUGCUUUUGCUGAAUCCAUUAAUAUCAAGGAUAAUGGGGUAUUAGGAAAAAAUAAUGAAUGGGUACCACAGAAUUGGCAUUUUAUUACAAUGUUGGAAUUAUUCCAAAGCAGUUUGAAGGGAAAGCACGGCCCUUCACCCACUAUGGAUGUGAUAUUUGUAGAUUUUCUUUUGAGGUUGCUGUGAGUCAGUCCAUCAGAGUCAGAGAGUUAAAUGUAAAGUCCUAGUGCUGUAUAAUGUUUUAUGCCAGUUUAUAAUACUGAAUACUGCUACUGCAGAAUACUGCUACUGGUAACUGUAUCGAAACUAUGGGGAAAGGCCUUAUGCCUCAUCAGAGGUACUUGUAAGGAAAUUUCACUGGAAUUGUAUAUAGCGGCCAAACACUUUGCCCCCUAAGUUGUUCCACUUAGGUAACUGCUGCCAAAACAAUUCCAUAGGCAUUCUGACAACAUCGCUGGUUAUUGUGCUUUUAAACAUUGAAUAGGUAAAAAUAAAAAUGUCCAUUCCAUUUAGGUAAGGCAAUUUCUAAAAUGUUUAGAAAUUGCCUUACCUAAGAGGAUAUAAUUAAUGGUAAGGUUACAAAACUUUGUUUUUAUGCACUACAGCUAGCAAUGUUAUUAAUGUGUAUGGGAGAGUGAAUGAUUGGUUUUCAUCCUGAACCAGAAUCCCUGAAAGAAUAUUUAUGUUACCAUGCAAAGCAUUCUGGUAAAUUCCGGUACAAGGAGUCAUCUUCAAGGAGUGAAUGAGAGUUAAAAAAACCCCAACAUUAGCACGAAUUGUGAACAUAAAGCACAACAUUAGAAAUAUUGAUCUGAUCUAUGUAAUUCGAUUAUAAUUUUUUUGUUUUGAUUUGUUAAAUUAAGUACUUUUGAAGUAAAUGUGCAGAUGCUAAACUCAA